AUGUUGUCCAUCUCAACGAGAUGGGCUAAGCGCACUCCAAACCUCCAAAUGCAUUUCUGUUGUUUCUCCACGAGAGAGGGAGGAAGGUCUUCCUCUUCCUCUCUCCGCCGCCGUCACCCACCCCACUGCUCCGGCGAGGAAUCGCUCGCCCAGCCAGCGACCAUGGCGGAGGCCGCAAGCGCAGAAAGAGCUGCGCUUCUCCUACCAGGCCUCCCGGAUGAAAUUUCCAUCUGGGAGAUCCUCGUUGGCCUGCCCCCCAAAGCCCUCCUCCGUUGCCGCGCCGUCUGCCGCGCCUGGCGCCGAGCCACCUCCACCCGAGACUUCCUCCUCGCCCACCAUGCCCGCCAGCCCGCCCUCCCACUCCUCUACAUCUACAACUGCGUCGGCAACAACAUCCGAUCCCUAGACAUCAUCCCCUUCGACCGCCGGGCAGGGGUCGCGGCCGACGACCAGCUCUGGCCAGUCGCGCGACUUUGUCAGGCCCCCUUCUGUGCGAUGGCCUCCUGCGACGGUCUCCUCCUCUGCUUCAUGAACGACUGCUGCUACGCCCUCUGCAACCCGGCGACUCGUCAGUAUGCUCGCCUCCCGUUUCUUCCUGGCUCCGUGCCCCUGGGGGUGUACUCGCACAGCCCAACCGGCGAGUACCGGCUAUUGCUGUACAGGUUCGCCACUGGACCGGGGCCUGACGCUCAAGGUGGCACCUUCGUGUUGGUAUUAGGCUCCGGCCAACCGCCACGGUCCAUAGGGUGCCCUGAUGCUAGGGAACUGCUGUCCAUCCCGUCCAUCCUGUUCCGCGGUGGCCUGCAUUGGCACAAAGAGCAGAAUGAGAGGAUAGUGGUAUUCGACACCACCACUGAGUUGUUCCGGCACAUGCGCGUUCCGGUUGUUUUUGUUUCUCGCUGCACUAACCUGUUUGAGAUGGAUGGAAUGCUCGGCGUGUCCAGCUUUAAUUAUGCAGCGGCAAUCAUCGAUAUCUGGAUGGCGCAGGACUACAAGAGUGAGGUCUGGUCCAACAAGUACCACGUUGAGUUGCCGGUUGCAGAGCUCACCGCGCGCUUUGGAAGGUUCAACACACGUGGGUUUGGGGUAGUCGCUUCUUCGGAUGGUCAUUUGCUCAUGCUGCUCAAAUUUAGCGACUGGCUACUUCAGGUUGAUAUGGAUGGCAAGUUGGUCGCUAGUUUCCACUGCAAAGGCCUUGCUUAUACUAGAUUUUGUCUCAAACAAACUUUAGUUUCGCAUACCUUCUUUCCGGCACUACAGCGUUAUGUUGUGAACGCUAAGCCUUUCAUCUGA